CUCGCGUCUGAUGGCGGGCGCGGGGCGGCCGGUGCCUACGUGCCUGGUGCUGGGGGUGGCCGGCGGCGGGAAGAGCCUGUUGGCGCGGCGACUGCGUCAUAUCCGGCGGGGCGGGGCACCGGGGGGGGUGCCACCGGGGUGGGGGGUCGGGUCCCGUCCCCUUCCCUUCCCCGGUACCGAUCCUUGACCCGCGGCACAGCUGAGCGCCGAGGAGGGGCCCGCCGAGCUGGGCGAGCCCCCGGCCACGCUGCCCACGGUGGGCACCAACCUGACCGACCUACGGCUGCCGCGGACCGUGACGCUGCGGGAGCUGGGCGGCUGCAUGGGCCCCAUCUGGAAGAGCUACUACGAAGAGUGCAGCGCUCUGCUGUUUGUGGUCGAUGCCGCCGACCCGACCCAGGUCUCCUCGUCCUGCGUGCAGCUCCUGGCCGUGCUCUCCGCAGCGCCGCUCGCCGCCGUGCCCGUGCUCAUCCUCUUCAACAAGAUUGACCUGCCCUGCUACAUGUCCGUGACGGAGAUGAAGUCGCUGUUCCGCAUGCAGGACAUCGUGUCCUGUGCCACACAGCCCAUCACGAUUCUGGAGACCAGUGCCCGUGACGGCACCGGCCUGGCCGAGGUCCUGCAGUGGCUUCGGGCCACCCUCGGGGACCCGCGGUGA